UUUUCGCCUGAUCUCAGAAGGGGGAAAAAAAAUGAACGGACGGCAAAUAAUCCGUCGAUGUUUUCUAGAUUUUUUGGUGUUAAACUCCCAAAGUGCAGAUCAAAACCAUUGAUAUCUUUGAUAAAUCCGUAUAAAACAUAUUGCUUAAGCUUUCUAAUUAUCAUAUUUUUGACAGAUGUAUGAUUGAACAUUAUUUUAACUAGUAUUAUUUUCACACUUUUCUUUAAACUAACAAAAGGUAUAUUGCCGGCAAAAGCUUACCAAACGGUUGCCGGAAACUGGCUGCCAUUAAUUAUUUGGAAAUUAGAAAUAAAAAACGAAUAUUUAUAAUUACAUUUGUAUUUGCUGCCGAAUUCUCCAAAUUCAGAAAUUCUUCUCAACUAACUUCCGGAAAGGUUUUCACAUGGAUGCAGUCGAUGAUGCCGAUCAGUUACCAGAAACAGCAAAAAAUGAUGUAACAUCCUUCUUUGAGUCAGCUCCACCGCUGAAGGAUGCUGCUGAAACGGAAAAAAGUUUGAAGGAGUUUGUUGAUCGCAAUGCUUCAUUAUCAGUGAAUGGAAAAGCAAACAGGGUGGUGUGCGUGACUUCUGGUGGUACAACUGUUCCUUUGGAAAAGCGAUGUGUUCGUUAUAUUGACAACUUUGCUUCUGGUCAUAGAGGGGCCGCAUCCACAGAAUACUUUUUGAUGGCAGGUUAUUCUGUAAUCUUUCUCUACCGAAGGGGGACCUGCCAACCAUUUUGUAGUUUGCUGCCCGAUGAUCCGUUGCUAGAGUGUCUUAGUGUAGCUGAUGAUUCAACUAUUGAAGCGGAUCCAUUGCAUGCUGAAACAGUGAAGAGAGCCAUUACUGAAACUCGUGCAGCAGUUGCUGAUGGCAUCCUGUUGAAACUUCCAUUUACGACAAUAUUUGAGUAUUUGCAGAUUCUUCAGCUAAUUUCUGCGUCUUUGAGGGGCCUUGGGCCUAGUGCUAUUUUCUAUCUUGCAGCUGCUGUUUCUGAUUUUUAUGUUCCGUGGGAAAGCAUGACUUUACAUAAGAUCCAGUCAGCAUCUGGCCCUCUGGACAUGCGACUCGCCCAAGUACCAAAGAUGCUUUCAGUGCUUAGGAAUGAGUGGGCACCUAUGGCAUUCUACAUAUCUUUCAAGCUAGAAACAGAUAAAGAUAUCCUUUUAGCAAAGGCUGAUAUGGCCCUCAAAAAAUACAAGAUGCAUAUGGUGAUAGCAAACGAACUUUCAACCCGUAAAGAGGAAGUUAUAGUUGUGACAGAGCAGGAAAAGGUCACAGUUCGCAGGGACAGCACUCAGGCUGGGGCUGAGGUUGAGUGUCCAUUGGUCGAGCUUGUUGUUGAUAGACAUUCAGCAUAUAUCAAGAAGGUUGAUCCAUGACCACUGUAUGUAGCCGGAUCAAUGGCUAUUUAUCAAUUAAAUAUCGAGUUACAAGGAUAUUUCAGAAAGCUGACAUAGUGUAACUUUAAAAAAAUGCACUCUGCCUCUCCUGAAAAAGAGAGUCCUGUUUAGUUUGUCUUAUCUUUGAUCGGAAAUCUGGUUUUUAUUUCUCUUUCUUAUGGUUUGAAUAAAUUCAUGAAAGUAAAUGCAGCUAUGCACAACAUAUGUAAUUUA